ACCAGUGGAGGGGCGGACUUACAAAAGCUCUCCCACCAUCACUUUGGACGACUUGGCCGUCUUAUUCGUGAACACUCGGUACUCCCUCUAUGAACGAGACAUUUAAUUGUCGGACUUCGGGUGACGGUGGAGUUCGGCCACUGCACAAUGUGACCAUGCCGAGCUGAGGAAAUUCGGAUUUACUCGGUACCGUUUUAUUGAUCCAGCGACGCGGGAUUCAAGAAUGGGAAAACUACAAUCUAAACACGCGUGCAAGCGCAGAGAGAACCCAGAAGGGGACAGUUUUGUUGUGAACGCUUUCCUCCGGAGGGGAUUGGACGAAUCUGAGCGCUAUGGAGGAAUGGAUCACAAGAUGAAGAACAUGCAGGAGUUUCCAAAUGAGCAUUUGAAAGCAGGACACCUCGCAGAUCAACACUGCCCCCUUGAGGUGGCUCUCCCCCCAGAGAAGGCAGAGGGCUGCGAGAACUACCUUCAGUACCUUCACGCGGACGACGGGGAGCGAGAACUGAAAUCUAGCGGGAAGAAACGCAUCAGUCUGGAUGACUUGGAGUGUGACGUUUCAGUGGAGGAUGACAACCGCCAGGAGUGGAUAUUUACACUUUACGACUUUGACAACAGUGGCAAAGUGACAAAGGAGGAUAUGUCCAGUCUGAUGCACACCAUUUAUGAUGUAGUGGACGCCUCGGUCAAUCACUCCUGCAAUAAUAAAAGCAAGACGCUGCGUGUGAAGCUGACCGUCACUCCGGAGCCGAGAUGUCACAAAAGAGAAACGGGAACAGAUCGCUGCCACCAGGAGGAAGGUCGUUCAGCUGACAAGCGCAUGUCUGCCUACAUCAGCAGGGGGCAAAGCAAUGAGGCGCCGCCAACCACUGAUGGCCAGCAUUACUGUGUGGAUGAAAACACAGAGAGGAGGAAUCACUACCUGGAUUUGGCAGGCAUAGAGAACUACACCUCCAGGUUUGAAGGAACAAGCCCUCCCCAUGAGAGUCACGGUCGAAGCUCCCAGAGCCAGAACCGCUCUCGCUCCCACGAGCCAGAAGCCCAGGUCGUUCACCAGCGGCGCUCGCAGGUCAUCGGCGACAGUUACAACCCCGCAGAGUUCCGGGGGAAAGGAGCACAGUUCGUGAAAUCCCCCAAGGGAACCAACAAAGGAGGGAAUAGCGGCGGCGGUGGUGGCAAAUCGACUAAAUGUCACGGCUACCACCCUCCCCUGCAAACCAUGCUGCAUGGUGGCAGUGCGGCCGGCCACGGGGGUCAGGAUGUAUACCACUUACCACACCAGGUCCAAGCGUCCGGCCACCAUCAACACCCUCUACAGUACAGUCACAGCAGACGCGUCAGGGCCAAAGCCCGCGAGGCGCUUUCGCCGACCAAAACGCCUCUCUCCCCGCAGCCUCACCCCCAGGGGCCGCCCACCCUGCCCUCUGUGCUGCCAGGUCUGGAGCGAGAGCAAGUGUCCGGCCCCCCUGGGAGCCCGGGUUUUGUGGUUCCUGUGGUCCAGCGCCACGAGCACCACCAUCACCAUGAACACCACCACCACCACCACUAUCACCAUUACCACCAGACAUGACCGCCUGCGCUCACAUCUAGUGCACAGCACCAAGCACCACUCCCGGUCGAGGAUCUUUGUACUCUCCUCAUUCAAGCUACACAGAGAAUAUCCGGACAUGUAUGGAGGAGUUUUCUAUUGUGAUGCCCAGCCAUAGUGGACCUGAAGGUUUUCUGAAGCUAUUGUGUUCCCACAAAUGUUGUGUGGCACGGUUUAGAUUAUUAUUAUUAUUUUUUUGUAUUUUAUUUUAUUUUUUAUAAAAACAAGUAUUUGUUGGGACCGCAGAACCUAUUUUCAGUAACAGCAGCACACACACGUGGACACACGAGCAAGUCAAAAGCAGGAAAAUGUUGACACCAUUUUUCCCCUCCUGAUGCUGUCGACGGUCGUCAUCCCUGGAAGCUAUAUGUCAUGUUCUGUGGGAGACCUCUCCAAAAAAAAAAACAUGGAUCUCAGGUGUAAAGGUGCUGCUUUUUCACAGAGGACAGUCUGUGGACUGUAGGGGG